CUCAGCCUUCUGGUUUUAUCAAUCGCAACUCUUGUCGCCUUUUCCUUCAACAACACGAAGAAGUUGACCUGCCCUGUGCCAGCGCCUACCGCACUGUUUAAGAGGAUCAGCUUUGGAUGAUUUCUUAUUUCUAUAUAAUACCUACCUGGUGCUAAUCUGACAACACCGCCAAGAUGGGUGGCGACCUCAAUUUGAAGAAGUCAUGGCACCCAGUGCUCAUGAGCAACCAGAAAAGGGUGUGGGAGGAAGAGAAGAAAGCGCUAGACGAACGCAAAAAGACCGAACUUCGAAUCAAGGAAUUGAAGGAGGAGCGAGCCAAAGAGGAGAUUCAGCAAAAGCUCGAAGCAGCAGGGAGCCGAAAGCGUGUCGACAGAGUCGACUGGAUGUACCAGGGGCCAUCGAACGGGCAGUCUGGUACCACGGAAGAGAUGGAGGGAUACCUUCUGGGGAAGAGGCGCAUAGAUACCUUGAUUAAGGGCAACGACCACAAAAAGCUGGAGAAGCAGGCUUCGGAGGACAGCUUUAUGGCGCUACAGAACGCAAAUACUCUAAAGGACACGGCGGCGAAAGUGAGGGAGGAUCCCAUGUUGGCGAUCAAGAGACAAGAACAAGCUGCAUACGAAGCGAUGAUGAACGACCCUAUCAAGCGGAAGCAACUACUUGCGGCUAUGGGCGGGGAGCCCGAGCGGAAGGAGAAAACGAAGGAGAGGAAGCAUAGACACCAUCACAGGCGUCACCACGACGAUGCGUCGGAUGAUAGGGGACAUAAGCGCAGAAGGGUGGAUGAUUCCGAGAGAGAUGGGAGGAGUAGUAGGCAUCGUCACAGCAGGAGGCGAUCACGAUCGAGGACGGCAGAUUCAAGGUCCCGUUCGCCUGAGCGCGAGAGCACCAGAGGUGGAGAGAAGCGUGAUUCAAGGGACGAGUCGCCUCGAAGGCGGCGCCAAAGAUCAGUGUCACCUCGAAGAGGGCGAUAUUCGCGAUCGCCUUCCCCUCGAAGGAGACGGCAUUCGCGAUCACCAACACCACCUAUGGGAGAAGCGAGACGAGACCGGCGUCCUUCGCCCUCUCGCAGAUUAUCCGUAUCUCCGCGUCGGAGAUCUUAUUCUCGUGAACGGUCGGGACUAAAAGGGUACCCUGGCCAACAACCUCGCCGGGAUACCUACAGAGAGAGAGAUUCGCGGUCCGAUGGGAAUGCAACGGGACGAAACGGAGAUAGACCAAGGACGGGGCACAAUGCCGGCCAAGCUGAAAGGUCCCCAUUUCGGGGUGAUGAUCGACCACGGAAUGCUGCACCUAGCCAGAGUGUAGAGGAACGAGAGGCGGAACGGCAACGGAAACUCGCAGCCAUGCGGGACGACGCAUCAGCGUUGGACCAAGACCGCGAGAAGCGGCUUGCUGCACUAGCAGAGAAGGAGAAGAUCGAUCGUGAUGCGGACGAGGCGGCUAGGGUGAAGUCGUCUAAGUAUAGCGAUAAGGCGGAUUUCGUGAAUGGGAUGCAUCAGAAAGUGGGAAGUAUGGGGCUUGCCGAUCGUAUCGGGAGAGGACGGCAGGGACUUCAGCGGGAUGAUUAAAGAGGGGGGGCACUGGGCCGUGUGGGACUAUUGUACUCUUGAAGGGAGUCCAUGCACAGUCAGUCAGUCACUCUUGGUACGGCAUACAUGCGGUAUAUAUACAGGCAAAUAGCACAUAACUAUCGGCAAAUCUCCUGUCGUAGAUGGCCAACUUCAUAUACAGGCACUGGAAAAACAUCCAGAAUCAAAUCAUUCGAGCAAGGAACAAACAAUCAGCAGGCGUAGAUCAUCAGCCACGUGUUGAGGCCUGGAUGUACAGUACCAUGCGUGCUGUAUCUGAGUAACUGACGAUGACGAUGAUUUGCAAACAGCUCCGCAGCGUCCAAUAUAUAUUUACCCCGCUGGAUUUGAUCCCACUGGACUGUGAAGCUCCAAUCAAUUUAAUUGCCGUGCUGCGAGAGGGAGUUUGCUUGCUGCAAGGUACGGCACAUAUGUGGAGAGCCUGAUCGAGUAGUAACUUAGCUGUGGAUGUGGAUUUAGCACCAGUGAUAUAUAUCAGGUUCUGAUAUAUCACAUAAGUUGUUGAUGCCACGAAAAUGAUAAAAGAACCUCGGAAAUUUGCUGUCAUGUACACCCUGGCUGUGUUGUCUAUGUUGUUGUCCGUGUUAUCUGUGUUGUUGUCCGUGUUGUUGUCCGUGUUGUUGUCCGUGUUGUUGUCCGUGUUGUUGUCCGUGUUGUUGUCCGUGUUGUUGUCCGUGUUGUUGUCCGUGUUGUUGUCCGUGUUGUUGUCCGUGUUGUUGUCCGUGUUGUUGUCCGUGUUGUUGUC